AUGGCGUCCUCCGAACCUGUGCAUCCUCUGCGCAUUUCAAAGAACAACACGCCAAUGUCCUCGCCCGCCAAAAAGGCCAGCGCCAUCCCUCGUCCCCUUUCUGAAAUCUCCCCUUCGGAGAAGCGCCGCAAUUCUCCAAGUUGGAACCAAACCAACAAGAAGCUGGGCUUGAAUGCAGACUCGUCGCCGUUUCAGUCCUCGCCUCUUGACGGCACCACGUCACCUCGCUUGUUUUGGCAGAACCGCAACGGCUUCAACACCGAGAACCUCUACGGGGGUGGCAUUGGCAGCACCCCAUCGCCCACACGCCGUUCUUCCAUUGAGCGCCUGCAAAAGGCAUCUCGUGUCAAGAACAGCAGUAUCCUCGCCCAAGAGCAGAAGAACGAGUACGACCCAACAAAGGUCCCCAGAGUAGAGCGGCCCUUGUCCAAGGUCCAAUCGAACUCCUUUGGCGCAUUGGGUAUUACGGGUGUGCUUGAUGGCGGCGACGUAAAGGGCCACCAGCGGAGAGAGAGCAAAACAAACAUCCCUCUUUACGACCCUGCGAAAACGUCCCCGUCUGUUGCUAGCCUUAACUCGCCACCACACGUUCCGGGGCAGCUCUCAUCGAGCGUCCAGUCAGACAAAUCAGACACGCCGGCCGCACUUGCUGCCGACAGCAACCCUGCUAUGGCUAUCAAAGAGUCGUCUUCUCCCAUGAAGUCCUCUCUUUCAAGCCGGUUUAAGAGCAGCUAUGAUGAGCAAGGUGACAUUUCGCUGGACGCAUCUAUGGGUGACUAUGAACUUCCUCUUGGCCGUUCUCUUCAUCGCCACGGAAAGAGUGUCACAUUCGACGCGGCACCACCGCAAGUCAACGAGUACGAGAUGGCCACGCCUGACCUUUCAUCCGUCGGCAGUCACUCUCGGGAAGGCAGCUACGAGUCACAGGAGGAGGAUGACGACUAUGACGACUAUCGGUACUCCGCAAAUGACCAUGGCAACCCAGACGACAGCUUUGAUGCGUCUCUGGAGGACACCGACAAAACCCCCGUCGUCGGCCCUGAUGACUGGCGCCAAGACAGUCCUGACAGCCGCCGUGACCACAACGUUUACGAAGGUAGUCCUAUGCCUGACGCUGCUCCAUCUUCUGCUAUGGGACACCAGGAUGCACAAUCUUCGCUGGGCUCCAGUGGUGACCACCGCCCUCUUCCUCCUCUGCCUGGUAUGGGCCAUGCUCGUACAAAUUCCGCCAACUCACCGAGUUUGUCUGCCACCGCCGAUCGAAUGCUGGGUGGCAGUCCCCGUGGGCUGCCGUCGCCGCCGCCUGCAUUGGCUACGAAGUCUGAGAUCCAAAACAUUGGCAACAGCAAGAUGACACUCGAGGAGCGUCUCAAGCUUAUGAUGCUCUCUGAUGAUGGAAAGUCGGCCGCCGAGCUUCAGAGAGAGCGGCGCAUGCGCCGGGCAGGCCCCAAGGAUCGCGCUAACAGCCAGACGCCUGAGCCUGACUCGUCGCAGCGUGAUGGUACUUCUGAGCACGGUGAGGAGGAGGACACAAUUGGAGACCUGUCUGGUCUUGAAGAGUACCGCUUGCCACCUCGCAUCUCCAGGGAAUCAAUCCUUCGUCGCGUUAAUGGCGCCAUAGGCCAGGAGCGCGAGUCUGACUAUAAUUUCUCUUCUCCUGCUCCCAGCUCCAGCCCUGAGCGCCGACUUCCUCUGGACCCGGACGUUCCCAUUCCUAGCACGGAGCACGACUAUGAUGAUAACUUUUCCGUCGAUGGCGCGGCCCGUGAAAAGCAUAACGAGGCCUAUGACAUCCCCGACAUGUAUGAUGACGAUGGCGAACAUGAUGAUGCGGAGGAUUACGAGAGCAACUACAGUGAUGAGCAUGCCGAAGAUGUUGCGCAACCUGCAGCUGUCGAUAAUGCCUCGACACCUCGCGCGGCAACCCCAGUCCAGGAGAUUUCGUCUCACACGGUCACAGUUGAUGACAUCCAUAGGUCCGAUCUUCCGGCUAUCGCACAGGAAGGCCGUAUCUCUCUAGGCGAGACCCGCCAGCCAUUGAUGCCUAAGUCAGACGACGGUAACGCCAAUUCUGGCCACAUGCAUCUCCACAACUCCGAGGUCGAUUCAAUUCGACCGCAGACUCCGGAGCGCAAGACACAUCCUAAGCAUCUGUCGAAACCUGAAUAUGAUGGCUCCGGUUGGGGGGAUGACGAAGAGUUUGACGAACCAGGCACUCCUGAUUCUGUCAUUCACCACCCAGUCCAGGACGAUGACGAUGAUAUUUUUGACGACCAGCAAGAACAGGACGAAGAGGUUGAGAUACGCGAGUCGCCGACCGUCCCCGAACAGAUGGCAACAAUUAAGGCAUCUGGCUCGAAGCUCAAGACGCGGCCAUCUGCAACUCCCUCCGACCUCGUGGCAAUGCGCGAAGCACGCCGCCAAGUCAGUCGCGAAGUACCUGAUGUUCCUCCUAUUCCAGACCGGCAUCGCAACCGCCUGUCCCGCGAUAUGGGCACAGGGGAUGUUGAAGAAACUGGAGAUGAUUUCCUUGAACGCCAUCCCAGCUUCAAGAAGCGCAGCCUGACCCUUGACCUGGACCUUGGUCUCAGUCUGGACAAAGAUUUUGAGCGCGUGAUCGAAGCUCAGAAGGUCAGUGCUACCCGCCCCACCUUUUCUCUUAUCCGACCUGUUAGGGACUACAGCCUUUUGCACUUCCGUGAGGCAAGCGCCUCACGAGGAAGUCGAUAG